AUGAACCCUCGCCAGAACCACAGUCUGCCCCCACGGCCUAAUUUCGCUGCGGCGUCCGGCGGCGCCGGUCCCAGCCGUGCCGGUGGCAACCACCAUAACAACACUGGCGGCGUGAACCAUGGCGGCGGCGGCGGUGGUGGUGGUAGCGGCGGGUACCCGACCCAAGGGUUUAACACUACCAACAGCGGUGGGUAUCCCUUUGGCACGCCUCUGCCUGGAUACAACGGCAACGUGAGCGGCGGAUACCCAAGCUAUGGAUAUCAGUCGUAUGGCUACGCGUACCCACAACAAGGGUAUGGAGCUGGGGGGUACAACUACGCCGCUGCUGCUCCCCAGCACAACGCAUACGCCUACGGCACAGUCCCCCAGAACCAGCAACAGCAACAGCAGCAUGCAGCCCCUCCUCCACCUACCGUUCCAGCCAAACGUCGAGCACCACCCCCGUCGUCGUCCGCUAUGCCAUCCCACAAGCCAUGGCGUAACUGCUCGCACCCCGGGUGCAAGUAUACAGGUUCGGGCGAGGACGUUGAGAUCCACGAAGGCGACCGACACCUAAUUUUCCCCAACGGGAAGCCUGUCGAGCGCAGCGAAGAGGAAGAGCGAUACUUGAAGUCGCUGAAUGGUGUGGCGCCCACCAUCCAGGGAACGGGGAUCAAGCUAGAGACCGAGGAGGAGAUUGCAAAGUGGAUCGAGGAGAGGAAACGCAAGUGGCCGACGAAGAAGAGGGCCGAGGAGAAGGCCAACGAAGACGCGGCAGCCAUCGCGCGCGGCGAGAACCCGCACAAGCGCCAACGACCACUGGACCCCGCCCGUGCCGCCGAGGAAUGGGGCCGUGAGCCCGCCCCCAUCGUCCAGCGCGGUACCGCCGACCGUGGUCGGGGCAGGGGCCGUGGACGCGGCCGUGGUGCUGCUCCAGGUCGUGGCGAGCGCGAGCCCGCGAGGGAGGACAAGGAGACCAACGGCCCCAAGCCUGCCACCGACGCCGCACCUCCCGCUGGGUCUGCACUGGUGUCCUACGCCUCGAGCCAGGCUAGCGACUCUGGCUCAUCGUCCUCUUCCUCUGACUCGGAUUCGUCCGACUCGGACUCGGACUCUGAUGCCGACGAGCCCACCCCGGCCAAGGCCAAGCCCGCAGCCGCAGCCGCACCAGAGGCGCCAAAGGAUACCCGCCCAAUCUGCAAGUUCUUUGCGCGGACCGGCCGGUGCCGCCACGGCGCCAAGUGUCGGUUCGCACACACCAGACCCGACGCUGCCGGGCAGGAGGGCAGUGCCGUGGCUGCCGCUGGGGCCGGAGGCGAAGAUGGCCCGCCCAACGACACGGCCAAGACCAAACCCGCGGCGACGGGCGCGCCGCGCGUUCCUCCACCGCGCCAACCGCCUGCCAAGCGCGUCAACCCGUUCGCAAGGCCCAGUAUGCUGGGAGCACUCCUGGCCAACCCGAUCGAGAACACGCUGUCCCAGCUCACCCAGACGAUCCGCUUUCUCGUCGCCAACGACAUGUUGCGCAAUGUGGAGAUGAAGCCUGGCGAGGCGGAGGAGCAGGAGAGGGAGAGGCAGAAGGUGGUGGUUGUGGAGCCGGUCGAGGAGGAGGCCAAGGAGGAGGCCGAGGAUCAAGCCCCAAAGGAGUUUCCCAAGGUCGUCGAGGAAGAGACCAACCUCGACGCGGACGCAGCCCCGCCCGUCCAAACUUAA